AUGGUAAGACAAAACAGACAGAUCCUUACAGCAGGUAAGAACUAUGCUGAAAAGCAAGCCAAGAAACACGCUGUUAAUGAAGUUACAUUUGAUAAAGAAAGUCGUGAAGAGUAUUUGACUGGAUUUCAUAAACGUAAAUUGCAAAGGAAAAAGAAGGCACAAGAGUACAUCAAGGAACAGGAAAGGUUGGCAAGGAUAGAAGAACGGAAACAAUUGCGUGAUGAGAGGAAACGAGACUUGGAGAACCAAUUGCGAGAGUUUAAUGAAAAGGCUAAAGAGCUUGCAAUGAUAAAUGGUGGACUAGCAGAUGAUGAUAGUGAAGGAGAUGGGGAAGAGAAAGCGGAAGAAGAUGAAUGGACUGGGUUUGACGAGGAAGCAACUGAAGAGACUUCCACGGAAAACAAGUCGGUUUCACUUAAAGGAAUCUUACAUCAUAAAGAAGUAUAUGAACCAGACUCAAAUCUUGAUGGGUUUGGCGAUGAAACAACAGUGACAAUAGAAUCAAUAGAUAAACCGCUAGGCCACCAUGCAAAUGGAACCAACUUGGAACAAAUAGCCAAGACCAACAAUGUUGAUCUCAACAAAUCUGAAGAAGUGUUGGAAGAAGCAGUCGAACGAGCCAAGAAUUAUGCCGUCUUGUGUGGUGUUGCGAAACCUUCAAAAGUAGAGAAACCAAAAGCAAAGAAGAAGAAGUUUAGGUAUUUGAGUAAAGCUGAACGAAGGGAGAAUACCAGGAAGGAGAAGCUCAAAGGCAAACUUCGAGGAAAGAGGUAA